AUGGACUUAAAUGAUGUCACAAAUGUACUGAACCAUAAAACCAUCCACAAUUUUUACCCUAAACUGGGCAGUCAAAUAUCCUUGACCUGUAACCUAACCACAAAUUCUUCAAUUGACCUAUUUAAAUUCCCCAUCAUCUGGCUCAAGUUACAAGCAGACGAGGUUUCAAAGGGCGGUUCACCAAUCCAUGAAAUACAAAUACUUCUAAGCGAUCUCGAUAUAACUGGUCAGUUUUCACUGACGGAAAAAUUGAUAGUGGACGGUAAUAAAGGGCUCAGGGAAAGAAUCGUAAUUCAGGAAAUGCAUACGAAAUCUUUUGUCGUUGGACCCCACCAUCACGGUUUGGUUAUUAGUUGCAGUGUUCGGCGGCCUCACAUAAUUAGACCUUUUGAAAGUGAAGAGACAUUUACAAUGUCGGAUUCCAUAACAUUGAAAUCACUGAUGGUUUAUAAUAUUCCAUCAAAUCAACUGACCAAUGAGAACGAAGUAGGCGUGGCUUGUGUGAUGUGUACCAUUUAUUCACAGCCCUUGGCUUCUGUGGUUUAUUGGGUCGUGAAAUAUGAUAGGUUGACCAUCAGAGAUAUUAAAAUUCCAUUACAUUUCAAUAUUUUGAUGAUUCAAACUCUAAAUUCUUCAAUCAAAGACGUUACAAAUUAUUUCGAAACAAAUUCCUGCUAUAGAUUGAUCGGAGUGCGUGAAAAUAUCGUUUCAGCAGAAAUUGAUCAUUACAUGACACCUGAAAUCAUUCUAGUUGCUGCUAACUUGCACGGAAACAAUGAGUUCUAUAUAAAAUUAAUUAGUAAAAAUUUUGUUUUUUAG